AUGGUGAUUUCCAGGACUAGGGAGUGCAUUUCCAUCCACAUCGGGCAGGCUGGCGUGCAGAUGGGCAAUGCCUGCUGGGAGCUGUACUGCCUUGAGCACGGGAUCCAGGCAGAUGGGACCCUUCCUGGCCCCAAGCAGGUGAAACCCCUGGAACCAAAGCCUGAGCAAGUGGAUUCCUCUUUUGAGACCUUCUUCUGUGAGACGGCGUCCGGGAAGCACGUGCCCCGGGCAGUGUUCAUAGACUUGGAGCCCACUGUCAUUGAUGAGAUCAGGACUGGGACCUACCACGCGCUCUUCCACCCCGAGCAGCUCAUCAGUGGCAAGGAAGAUGCUGCCAACAACUACGCUCGUGGCCACUACACCAUUGGGAAGGAGAUCAUAGACACUGUCCUCAGCAGAAUUCGUAAAAUGGCUGACCAGUGCAGUGGCCUCCAAGGGUUCCUGGUCUUCCACAGCUUUGGAGGAGGCACAGGCUCUGGCUUCACCUCGCUCCUCAUGGAGCGGCUCUCCGUGGAGUACAGCAAGAAGUCCAAGCUGGAGUUCUCCGUCUACCCAGCCCCGCAGGUCUCCACGGCGGUGGUGGAGCCCUACAACUCCAUCCUCACCACCCACACCACCCUGGAGCACUCGGACUGCUCCUUCAUGGUGGACAACGAGGCCAUCUACGACAUCUGCAACCGCAACCUGGACAUCGAGCGUCCCACCUACACCAACCUCAACAGGCUGAUCGGGCAGAUCGUCUCCUCGGUCACGGCCUCCUUGAGGUUCAACGGGGCUCUGAACGUGGACCUGAUUGAGUUCCAGACCAACCUGGUGCCCUACCCCCGCAUCCACUUCCCCCUGACCACCUACGCGCCCAUCGUCUCGGCGGAGAAGGCUCACCACGAGCAGCUCUCGGUGCCCGAGAUCACCAACGCCUGCUUCGAGUUCUCCAACCAGAUGGUGAAGUGUGACCCCCGCCGGGGCAAGUACAUGGCCUGCUGCCUGCUCUACCGGGGGGACGUGGUGCCCAAGGACGUCAACGCCGCCAUCGCCGCCAUCAAGACGCGCCGCUCCAUCCAGUUUGUGGACUGGUGCCCCACGGGCUUCAAGGUGGGCAUCAACUACCAGCCCCCCACCGUGGUGCCCGGGGGGGACCUGGCCAAGGUGCAGAGGGCUGUCUGCAUGCUGAGCAACACCACGGCCAUCGCCGAGGCCUGGGCCCGCCUGGACCACAAGUUCGACCUGAUGUACGCCAAGAGGGCCUUCGUGCACUGGUACGUGGGGGAGGGCAUGGAGGAGGGGGAGUUCUCGGAGGCCAGGGAGGACCUGGCCGCCCUGGAGAAGGAUUACGAGGAGGUGGGGAGGGACUCGGCGGAUGCCGAAGACGAGGAGGCGGAUGAGGAUGAGUACUGA